AUGACUGCAAAUGUGCGACUUGUGUGUGUGAUGGUGGGUCUGCCGGCCAGAGGAAAGACCUAUAUUGCACAAAAAAUUCGACGUUACUUGAACUGGUUAGGCAUUCAAUGCGAGCUUUUCAAUGUCGGCAACUACAGACGCAAAAUCGCUGGUGCGCAUAUGUCGCAUGCAUUCUUUGACAUUCACAAUCAAGAAGGGUUGAGUCAACGUCGUGAAGCAGCACAAUACGCUUUGAGAGAUAUGCUUCGAUGGUUUGAAGAGGAUGAAGGCACGGUGGCCAUUUACGAUGCCACCAAUAGUACCACGGAACGUAGGACAUGGUUACAUGAAGAGUUGACCAAGCAUGAUAUCCAAAUCCUGUUCAUCGAAUCUAUAUGUCAAGACGAGAGCGUCAUCCUAUCGAACAUCAGAGACGUCAAACUAUCAUCGCCCGAUUACCAAGGCGUGGAUCCUGAUACUGCCACGAAGGACUUUGUUGCGCGCAUUUCGCAUUAUGAAGGGUUUUACGAAACCAUCACCGAACAGGAUUACAGCUACAUCAAACUCAUCAAUGUUGGCAGUCAAUACGUCAUCAACAUGAUCCAAGGUUUUCUUGAAAGCAAAAUCGUAUUUUAUCUCAUGAAUCUCCACAUUCGUCCGAAGCGUAUCUGGUUCAGCCGACACGGUGAAUCGGUUUUUAAUGUCCAAGACAAAAUUGGAGGGGAUGCCGAUCUGUCGCCACGUGGUUUAGAGUAUGCACGACUCCUUCCUGAUUUGAUUGCCAAAAAUCUCGGUGAUCGUCCUUUGACCGUGUGGACUUCGUCUAUGAAACGGACGAUCCAAACAGCCGCUCAUUUGCCGUACCCAAAGAAACAAUGGAAGGCCUUGGAUGAAUUAAAUACCGGAGUUUGUGACGGCAUGACUUAUGCGGAGAUUGCGGAAAAGUAUCCUGAUGAUUUUGCAGCAAGGGAUGAAGAUAAAUUCAACUAUCGAUAUCGAGGUGGUGAGAGUUACCGAGAUCUUGUAUUGCGUCUGGAGCCGGCUAUUAUGGAAUUGGAACGACAAGAGAAUAUUUUGAUUAUUGCGCAUCAAGCUACGAUACGAUGCAUGUAUGGGUAUUUCAUGAAUCUGAAUCAUGAAGAAUUACCGUAUGUACGCAUCCCAUUACAUACAGUGAUUGAACUGAAACCAGCCGCUUAUCUGUGCGAAGAGAAGCAUUAUAAAGUGCAAGUGGACGCAGUGGACACGUAUCGUCCGCGUGUGCAUCGUGCUAAAAGCGAAAAAGGGAUCAAUGCCGGUGCCAGCGGCGAAAUUGCCGAUGCUGCCUCACCUAUUUGGCCUCUCAAUCCGCCUGUAACACCUAAACGAUCACAAACCUCAGGUCAAUAG